UUCCGGCUCGAACAAAACUGUCUCCGGUAGCUCCCGGACGCGAGGACGCAUUCGAGCUUCAAGGCGCCAAAGCUAUGGAGGUUUCCUCCGUUUUCGGAAACGGUUUCCACACUAUCAUCCCCCACCCGCUCCCAUUUUUAUCCAGCAGGCCUAAACUCGCAGCUGCACGCACCUCCUCAACAAUCACUUCCUCUAUCACUCCCACGCCAAAGCCAAUUGACCUUCAAAAUGUGCCGAAGAACGUCUCGAAAGAUUCCGCAAAUCGCCUCUCCGCUUCUUCGAGUGCAAAAAGGUCUGCAAUUACUGAAAUCCAAGGAUCAUCUGACCUGAGCUCUGCUCUUUCAAGGUAUGGAGAGAUAUUGAAAGCUUCGGAUAUCAAUGUGGUUUUGCGCCAUUUUGGGAAGCUAAAUCGAAAGCAGGAGUUAUCUCAGGUUUUCAAAUGGAUGCAGCAGAACAGGAGGACUAAUGUUGCCUCUUACAGUGGCUACAUAAAAUUCAUGGGGAAUAGCCUAAGCUAUAUUGAGGCACUAGAAAUUUACAAAAGUAUUAAAGAUAAGGAAACAAGGAAUAAUGUCUCUGUUUGCAACUCUAUUCUUGGUUGUCUGAUAAAAAAUGGCAAACCAAAGAGUAGUUUCAAUCUGUUUACUCAAAUGAAGCAGGAGGGUUUAGUACCAGAUGUUGUAACAUAUACUACGCUUCUUGCAGGAUGUGCCAAAGUAGAAAAUGGCUACUCUAAAGCAUUAGAGUUGGUUGAAGAGAUGAAGUAUAAGGGACUGCAAAUGGAUUGUAUAAUUUAUGGGACGGUUCUUUCUGUUUGUGCUUCACAUAAUCAGUCCAGUGAAGCAGAAAAAUACUUUGAACAAAUGAAGAAAGAAGGCUAUUCUCCAAAUGUCUUCCACUAUAGUUCUUUGCUCAAUGCUUUCUCCGGUGAUGGAAACUAUGAGAAGGCUGAGAUGUUAAUUGAAGAGAUGAAAUCUGUAGGUUUAGAACUAAAUAAGGUAAUUUAUGUUACUUUGCUGAAGGUAUAUGUUAAAGGAGGUUUGUUUGAUAAGUCAAAGGAACUACUAAAGGAGCUGGAAGCUCUAGGUCUUGUUGAUGAUGAGAUGCCAUUCUGUAUCCUGAUGGACGGCCUAGUGAAGGCAGGACAGAUACCUGAAGCUAAAUUAAUAUUGGAUGAAAUGAAAAGAAAAGAAGUGAAAAGUGCUGGCUACUCCUACAGUAUCAUGAUUUCAGCAUUCUGCCGUUCUGGGCUUAUUGAAGAUGCAAAACAGUUAGCCAGUGAAUUUGAAGGCAAAUUUGACAAAUAUGAUGUGAUUAGUUUGAACGCAAUGCUCUGUGCCUACUGCAUGGCUGGAGAAAUGGAUAAUGUGAUGAAAAUGAUGAAGAAAAUGGAUGAAUUAGCAAUUAAUCCUGAUCGAAAUACCUUUGAUAUUCUAGUAAAGUAUUUCUGUAAAGAGAACCUCCAUUUGCUUGCUUUUCGUACCAUGCGGGACAUGUACAGAGGAGGUCACACCCAACUGGACGAGGGAACAUGCGUUUUUUUAAUUCAUCAUCUUGGUAAAACGGGGGCACAUUCAGAGGCGUUCACGGUAUAUAAUAUGCUUAGAUACAGAAACAGAACCAUUUCCAAGUCCCUUCAUCAGCAGAUUUUGAGCAUUUUAAUUAAAGGUCGACUUCUCAAAGAGGCGUAUGUGGUCUUUAAGGAAAAUGCAAGAUCAAUUUCCCACUUCACCAUCAAAAGGUUUGCAAACGCAUUUUUUAAAUUCGGCAACAUAAACUUAAUUAAUGAUGUUAUAAAGGACAUCCACGCAUCCGGGCACAAGAUUGAUCAGAAAUUGUUGUAUAAGGCUGCAUCGCGUUACAUUAAACAAUCUGAAAAGAAGGAAAUGCUUCUCCAAAUGCUACAGUGGAUGCUCAGUCACGGUUAUGUUAUUGAUUCGUCCAUAAAAGAUUUGGUUCGGGAGAACUCUCACCUGUUUGGUGAACAACUUGGUACAGAACUGUUAUCCAAUGCAUUCCAAGCUGCAUCGCGUGUGCAGAUUCUUUAAGAAUCUGAUCAGGCAUUGGUGUGUAGAGAUUCUUUAAGAGGUUCCCUCGUGGGAAGCCCUUCGUUUAACAGCAUCAUCAGUGGCAUUUCUCCAGAAACUCGCAGAUCUACCAAAGCAGCUUUCAACAAAAACUAAAAAACUUCAGACAAACGUAGCAGAGUUUAUGGCUUCCAAGAACAACCAGCAUAACCUUUGGUUUCAUGAUAUGCUUGACUGCCCAAUUCAUGGCAUCUCAGCUCCAUUUGUUUCGCCUUGCAUCCACGAUUGUAGUGAUACUUUUCCCUGGCGACGAGAAGAACAAUGAUAACUCCAAGUGCAAGGUAGUUAGUGCUAUCUUCUUUAUUUGGUAGACAUGUUUCAGAAGAGCAAAAAAUGUAGAUUCAAGUGUGUGAGUUGAUGCUUUCAUAUAACCUUCUUGAGAAAAACAUUGCAAUCUACACCAAUAACUAACAACUAGAUAUAGUUUAUCCUGCUAAUGAUCUUUGAUUAUUCAGUAAAUUGCUAUUAGCUCUUAGCA